GCCCCCUUUUGUGGAAAGGGAACCCUAGUGGUGCAGUGGUUAAGAGGAUGACUGAUAACCAAAAAAAGUUUGGCAGUUCGAAUCCAUCAGCCACUUCUUGGAAAUCUAUGAGGCGGUUUUUUUUGAGUCAAAAUUGACUCGAUGGCAACUUUUUUUUUUUUUUGAUUGUGGAAUGGGGAAAUUUCUUUCAGUAUGUGUGCUGACUUUUGUUAAGGGAACACCUAGGGAAGCUGACUUAAACACAGGGAAUCCUUUAAAACCCUCUUUACCAGACUUCUUUCUUAGUCACAUGUUUAAGGCUAUACAUUGCAUUAUAAAUAUCACUUUCAAAGAAUCAAACAUUUUGAUAUAGGUCUAUGACAUAAAAAAAACAUAACAUGAUAUAAUUUUAAUUAUGAUUCAGUUCUAAUGAUUUAUAAAUUGUUAUUUUAAUUUCUUAGAAAUGUUAUUGAAAUUUUUUUAAUUUCCCAACUUUUAAAUUUUAUGAGUUAAUUUUAUAGUGUGAUCACAAAAUACAGACUGAAUAAAAUCUAAUUGUUUCAAAUUUGCUUCUACUUGCUUCCUAGUCUAACAUGUGAUCAAAUUUUGUAAAUGUUUCAUGGAACUUUUACAUAAGGUGCAAUAUUUAACCAAGGUUUCAAUGAUUAAGACAUACUUUCAUAUCUCUCCUUAGACAAUAAAACCAAAGCCUCACGUAUGAGACAAAGACAUGUCCAGAAGAAACUACACUGAAGUGACAGAAUUUAUUCUUUUGGGUCUAACAAGCCACCUGGAGCUGCAAGUUGCCUUCUUUGCACUGUUUCUUGUGGUCUACAUAGUCACUGUGAUAGGAAACCUGGGCAUGAUUGUUUUAAUCAGAGUAGAUUCCCGACUUCACACUCCCAUGUACUUUUUUCUCUCAAGUUUGUCUGUGUUAGAUCUCUGUUUCUCCACGAAUGUCACUCCCAAAAUGCUAGAGAAUUUCUUAUCACAGAAGAAGACCAUCUCAUACGCAGGUUGUUUGAUGCAAUGCUAUGUUGUCAUUGCUGUGGUCCUUACAGAGCACUGCAUGUUGGCUGUCAUGGCAUAUGACCGCUACAUGGCUAUCUGUAACCCACUGCUCUACAGUAGCAAGAUGACCAAGAGUGUCUGUGUCCGCCUGGUCAUUGCCCCUUAUGUCUAUGGCUUCCUCCUAAGUGUGAUGGAAACCUUGAGGACCUACAACCUGUCCUUCUGUGGUGCUAAUGAAAUUAACCAUUUCUACUGUGCUGACCCCCCUGUUAUCAAGCUGGCAUGCUCUGACACCUAUAGCAAAGAGUUGUCCAUGUACAUAGUAGCUGGCUACAGCAGUGUUCAGUCCCUCCUGAUCAUCCUCACAUCCUACAUGUUCAUUCUUGUUACGAUCCUCAGAAGCCAUUCUGCUGAGGGCAGAAAAAAGGCUUUUUCCACAUGUGGCUCCCACCUCACCGUGGUCACCAUCUUCUAUGGGACCCUCUUCUGUAUGCAUUUGAGACGCCCCACAGAGGAGUCUGUAGAGCAGGGUAAAAUGUUGCCUGUGUUUUAUACCACAGUGAUCCCCAUGCUGAACCCCAUGAUCUAUGGCCUCAGAAACAAAGAUGUGAAAAAGGCCUUGAGAAAAGCAAUACGGAAACAAAAACUGGGGAAGUAAAAGUGUUACGCUACCAUUUAAAAAAUCCUUGAAGUACUA